UCGCAGACUCGCAUAUAGUCCACUCAAUGCGGGCCUUUAAAAGUCGGUGUAGAAACGAGCCACUUCGAGCCUACGGAAGCCCAUGCUUGCCGCCCAACAAAUCAGUUUCUCUGCUAUUUUCGUUACUUUUUUCUUUUCCUCCUCCGACCGGCCCAUACAUACUUUGCCCAGGAAAGCCCUCGUCGACACUAUGACGAAGCCCUGGAGCUUCUGCCCCCAAACAUGGAUCGUCGUAGACCACCUAGCUUGUGGGAAGUGGGAAGAUGCAAGUCACCUCGAGACCCUCACCAGCCCACCAGCAAUGGUACGAGAUGCAGCACCGACAAGCCUACCUGACUACAAAGUACUCACUGUGUGCUUCUGCGCCCAAACCGCGGGGCAGACCACGUAUGUACGUCUUCGAUUAGCCCUUCCAUUUUAGAGUUGUGCUGAGAAUGAGGCUACGAAGCUGGGAAGUUGGGUCCCUCGGGGCCGUCAAGUCAUGCCAAAUGUACCCCUCCUCAACUCUCGCGCACUGCAGCGACUGCAUGGAGGCUCUAACGGCUAAAUGCGACCCGGAGCCCUAAGACACAUACACACAUAUAUAUACUUGCCAUUGUUAUGGGAGAAAUUGACAUGCAUUGGCACACUGUGAUGCUGCAACCUGCAAAGCAUUGUUCCUUGUACGGCUCAGAGUCCCGAGAGCUAGUCGAAGAGGCGCUGUCUUCACGAGCGGCGGUUGUUUCGCGCGCUACCCACCCGACCCGAUC